GUUAUCUUUCUUGCCAGUGACGAAACGAACUGGCUUAGGUUCGAUAAUUAGACUAGAUAUAUCUAGAGUCUAGUCAAAAUAAUAGAGAUAAUAAACUAAUGUAGUCGCUGUGGUGUGGCCGUGUGAAACAUCUGUAUUUUUUUAAUUGGGGAUCUAGAUCUACAUCUAUACCAUUAUCUUUCUCUCUACUACUACUACUAGUCUUACUAGACGGUAACCUAGACUAGAGUUAGACUUUAGACUUAGACUACUCAACUCAGGACUCAGACUCAGUGACAGUCUUGAGUCUACUGACUCUGAGUGUGAUACUAGUGAUAGUGAUAGACCCUAUUUUUAUAUUAUGCCGACAUGGCAGGCUCUGCUUUGAAGAGAUUAAUGGCAGAGUAUAAACAAUUAACAUUGAAUCCACCUGAAGGUAUUAUUGCUGGUCCAGUUGAUGAAGAAAAUUUUUUUGAAUGGGAAGCUUUGAUUAUGGGACCACAGGACACAUGCUUUGAAGGGGGAGUAUUUCCAGCACGAUUAACGUUUCCACCUGAUUAUCCUUUAGGUCCUCCUAAAAUGAAGUUUAGCUGUGAUAUAUUUCAUCCAAAUAUUUAUCCAGAUGGUAGAGUUUGUAUUUCCAUACUUCAUGCACCUGGAGAUGACCCCAUGGGUUAUGAAACAAGUGCUGAGAGGUGGAGUCCAGUGCAAAGUGUAGAGAAAAUUUUAUUGUCAGUUGUUAGCAUGUUGGCAGAGCCUAAUGAUGAGAGUGCUGCCAAUGUUGAUGCUGCUAAGACUUGGAGAGAUGACAGAAAGGGAUUUGAAGAAAUCGCCAAAGUAACAGUUAGGAAAUCUCUUGGCUUGUGAUAAGAUCCUGGGAGACUGAGAACAUCUUUACAUUUUGGUUGAAAUGAUCAGGUGUACAUAAAUGGACACGUGCUGUACUGUUCAGUCAUAGAAUAAUCCUUUUUACUUUUGAGAUCCUGUUCUACAGUGCUAGUCAUAGUGGUUUAGUGUUCAAACAAGCCUUCUUACUUUGAGAUAAAGUAAUACAAUUGUACUCAUCUGCUGUGUCAUAAUUUAGUUUGAAAGUAUAUAUUUGUUUCAAAAACUUGAGAAUAGUGUAAUAAUUUCACUUUUUUUUUUUAAUUGCUAGAGCCAUAUUUUUUUUUUAUUGGCAUAUAAUUUUUAAUCAAGAUUUUUUUUAAAUAUUAAAAUGGUCGUUGACAUCAACAUAUUUGUCAGAGAUGAGGACAUGCUCAUGUACAUGCAAUGUUGUACAAUCUCUGAAAAUGUCAGUGAGAUAUCAGUGUUUGUCUGAUCCCAUUGUCUCGUUUAAUAUACUUUAAAACAACAAAUAUUGCCACAUUUUGCUUUUUACAAAGGCAUUAUUUCAUAAGAAUUAUUUUGCUAUCUUUUAGUUUAAAACGAAAAGCCACAGAAAAAUUGAAGUAAUCUUUGUUUCAGGAGCAUUGAAGUUGUUUUAUUGUUUUUGUUUUCAAUUGGGAUAAUGAAACAGCUAUAAAGUUAAAAAAAUAUAUAUAUAUAGCUUACUGGCAACCUGCUGAUUUACUGGUUUGAAUUUAGAUCUAUGUUAAACAUGGAGAAUGUUCCCUUCACAUUUUUUUAUUUUGCCACGAAAUCAAAAGUAGAGUGAAAACGGGUUUACCCGAUUUGUUAAAAAGUUUCUUUUUUAAUUAGAGAUAGAAUUAGGUACCUUUUGUCUAUUUUUAGGGGUCUCUGGUAGUGGUAGGAACAUUAAACACACACUAUGGUUUCCGCCAUGAUCUAAGGAACAUUUUUUGCCAAGUUUUAUCAAGAUUGGUCAAAUGGUUUGAUUUCUAUGAGGGACAUACAUACAUACAUACAUACGCCUUACUUUCUGCUUUAUAUAUUAGAUGGGAGUUGUUGCCAGAGUCAGAAGACAACAAAAAAUUGUUCAUUUGGACUGACAGAGUUAUCUACAUUCUCAUUGAUCCACUUGAACAUGAAUAUUUAGAUAUUAUGAUUAAAAGAUGGUAAAUUGGUCUGUGUUGUUAACCAUUGUAAAGUUGAUAUUGUAUGAUGAUUACAUCAACUCAUAAUUAAGUUUGUAACCCUUUAUUUAGAAAUGUUGUUUACUUGUACAAGUCAUUUGAGUUUCUUGCUUUGUCAAUGCAAGUAUUUGAGAGUGAAAGUGGUUUGACCUAAAGACUUUGUUGAACUGGCAUUAUGAGUGAAAAUAAAUCAAUCCCUUUGAAAGUGUUUCUCAUUGUUUGAUGUAUUUUAAACAAUAAUUGUAUAUAUUCAAUAAAUAAUUGAACAUUUA